AUGAGUUCCGUUCCAAGACCACCGAAAGAUCACUUUAAUGUGUUGUUUUUCGCCAGCGCUGGUUCCUUCACUUCCAAGGAGCAUGAGGCAUUUCCGGCCCCGUUGUCGUUGAAGAAGCUCUUUGACAUCCUCGAAGAGAGGUACAGCGGCUUUAAGGAGAAGAUUUUGGAGUCUUGUUUGGUGACAGUCAAUCUUGAAUACGUAGAUAUACCGGGGCCAGAUGAUGGAGAUGGUCCGGAGAUCCAGGCAGGGGACGAAGUAGCCAUUAUCCCACCCGUCAGCUCAGGUUGA